UACGUUCAACUUCAUGUCUCACAUCCAUACAAGCACCGAAAAGUUUUAAAAGCUUUUAGCAGCUAGAAUGGCUAUCAAUGGUGAUUUCGUUUCCAAAACGACCCUUUUUCUGGUCGGUUUAAUUGCAUUCAUUUCUUUUCCAGCAGAAGCUGCUGUAAGGAAGUACCAGUUUGAUAUUCAAGUGAAGAAUGUUAGCAGACUGUGCCAUGCAAAGCCAAUCGUAACGGUAAACGGGAGGUUUCCAGGGCCUACAAUCUAUGCUAGAGAGGGAGACAGAGUUAUUGUCAAUGUUACAAACCAUGCAAAAUAUAACAUGUCCAUUCACUGGCAUGGAUUGAAGCAAUAUCGAAAUGGUUGGGCGGAUGGACCGGCUUACAUAACACAAUGUCCGAUUAAGACAGGGAAUAGCUACGCUUACGACUUCAAUGUAACAGGGCAAAGAGGAACUUUAUGGUGGCAUGCACACAUUCUUUGGCUAAGGGCUACGGUGUAUGGAGCCAUUGUCAUCAUGCCGAAACAAGGAAUGCCAUAUCCGUUCCCGAAGCCGAACAUGGAACAGCUUGUUGUAUUAGGGGAAUGGUGGCACAAAGAUGUUGAAGAGAUUGUCAAGCAAGGAAAUAACAUGGGAUUGCCACCAAACAUGUCGGAUGCACACACUAUCAAUGGAAAACCUGGACCUCUUUUUCCAUGUUCUGAGAAACAUACAUUUGCAAUGGAAGUCGAAUCCAGGAAAACAUACUUGCUAAGAAUCAUCAAUGCUGCUCUCAACGACGAGCUUUUCUUCGCGAUUGCCGGUCAUAACAUGACAGUAGUUGAGGUGGACGCAGUUUAUACAAAACCGUUCGUCACUCAAGCGAUACUGAUUGCACCAGGGCAAACCACGAACGUUCUAAUACAAGCCAACCAAUCCCCUGGGAGAUAUUUCAUGGCUGCUAGGCCUUUCAUGGAUGCUCCAAUCCCUGUAGACAACAAAACCGCGACAGGGAUAUUCCAAUACAAAGGAAUCCCCAACACUGUUCUUCCUACACUUCCUCAGUUACCAGCUUCCAAUGACACAGAUUUCACUUUGAGUUACAACAAAAAGCUCAAGAGCUUAAACUCUGCAAAUUUUCCUGCAAAUGUUCCCCUUAAAGUCGAUCGAAAACUGUUCUACACGGUUGGUUUCGGCAAAGAUUCUUGCCCGACAUGCGUUAAUGGGACAAGAAUCUUAGCCUCGUUGAACAAUAUUUCUUUUGUGAUGCCUAAAAUUGGACUUCUCCAAGCUCAUUACUUCAACAUCAGUGGAGUUUUUAGAACUGAUUUCCCUGAUAAACCUCCUAAGCCAUUUAACUAUACUGGUGCACCCUUAACAGCCAAUCUUGGCACUGCACAUGGGACAAGGCUUAGCAAAAUAGCCUUCAAUUCUACAGUUGAGCUAGUGCUACAAGACACUAAUCUCCUUACAGUUGAGUCACAUCCAUUCCAUCUCCAUGGCUAUAACUUCUUCGUGGUCGGAACCGGUAUCGGAAACUUCGAUCCUGUCAAAGAUCCGGCAAAGUACAACUUGGUCGAUCCUGUUGAAAGGAACACAGUUGGUGUUCCGACUGGAGGUUGGACCGCCAUUCGGUUUAGAGCAGACAAUCCAGGUGUUUGGUUUAUGCAUUGUCAUUUGGAGCUCCAUACUGGGUGGGGAUUGAAAAUGGCAUUUGUGGUUGAAGAUGGAAAAGGAGCUGAUCAAUCAAUUCUGCCUCCACCCAAGGAUUUGCCUCCAUGUUAAACUGUUAGGAAGAGCUUCUCAAUGUUCAACAAACACCACCCAAGUUUGCUUAUAAAUGUAUUUUCGAAAACCAAGUUUGUUUAUAAUAUGUAUUUCAUGCUAUAUGUAUGUUCUGCAAAAAUUGCAGCACAUAUGAGGAAUCAAAUUUAAAGAAAAGAAAAAAAGUAAAAUUUCUAAUUGUUUUUAUAUCCCAAUUGUAAUGGACUCCAAGAAAGUUUAUUGUUUCAGUGAUGUAGUUGAGUUGCAAUGAAUUAUUGGAAAGGAAAAUGAAUAUGUUAAUAUUUCUCUACUA